CCCAGGCCUUUGGGAAGGGCUGGGAAUGUCCGGGGAGGAGCUCCCCUCUGAGAGCUUAUUUCACUGUCAUUACCUGUUCUCCCCAUGCACUCCCAGCAGGCUUGUUUAAUGGGUGGCCCCUUUAAAUCUGGACAAGACAAGCAGCUGCAGCUCUAAAGUGGCCAUUUUGGGUCUGACCGCUGUUGACUGCAUCUCUCUCUCCUCCUGCCUGGUGAGUCCCCCUGAGUUCCUACCUCCUGCUCUUUGCGCUGAUCAUUUCAGCGGGGGUGUCCUGUUGCUCUGGGAUGGUAUAUCCGAACCAUGUACCUGGGGAUCCAGAGCCAGAGGCGGAAGGAACACCAGCGGCGCUUCUACUGGGCUAUGAUGUACGAGUAUGCAGACGUAAACAUGCUGCGCCUCCUGGAGACUUUCCUGGAGAGCGCGCCCCAACUGGUGCUACAGCUCUGCAUAAUGAUCCAAAAGAACCGUGCAGAAACAUUACCAUGUGUGUCCUCUGUGGCGUCCCUGAUGUCCCUGGCUUGGGUGCUAGCCUCCUAUCACAAGCUUCUUCGGGACUCUAGGGAUGACAAGAAGAGUAUGAGCUACAGAGGGGCCCUCAUACAUCUCUUCUGGCGCCUCUUCACCAUCUCAUCCAGAGUUCUCUCUUUUGCCCUCUUUGCUUCCAUCUUCCAGCUCUACUUUGGGAUCUUUGUAGUGGUCCACUGGUGUGCCAUGGCUUUCUGGAUCAUCCAUGGUGGGACUGACUUCUGCAUGUCUAAGUGGGAGGAGAUCCUCUUCAACAUGGUGGUAGGGAUUGUGUACAUUUUCUGCUGGUUUAAUGUCAAGGAAGGGCGGACUCGAUACAGAAUGUUUGCGUAUUACACUGUAGUCUUGACAGAGAAUGCUGCCUUGACGCUCCUUUGGUAUUUUUACAGAGAUCCUACAACUACUGACUCAUAUGCCGUGCCAGCACUGUGUUGUGUCUUUCUUAGCUUUGCUGCUGGGAUAGCUUUGAUGCUCUUCUAUUAUGGUGUGCUGCAUCCCAUGGGGCCGAGAGCUAAGAUUUUUGCCAGCUCCUGUUGCGCCGAGCUGCUCUGGGGCAUUCCUUUGCCUCCUGAUGUUGAGCCCAUGGCUCCCGAAACCCCUGGGUACCGGGGGGCCCAGGCUACGCCUACCAGAGCGGUCACGGAGCAACAGGAGGAACUCACAGCUGACACUUGCUUGCCAGUUUUCCAGGUGAGAGCAAUGGUGCCAUCUACUCCAUCUGGGCGAGCCUACUACCCAGAAGGCCCUCUCAUUAAGAUUGACAUCCCAAGAAAGAGAUACCCUGCAUGGGAUGCCCAUUUUGUAGACAGGCGGUUAAGAAGAACUAUCAACAUUCUCCAGUACGUCACCCCCACAGCUGUAGGUAUUAGGUAUAGAGACGGACCUCUCUUGUAUGAGUUGCUACAAUAUGAGUCUUCACUUUAGAGCUCCUUUAAAAAAAAUAAAAGAGGGGAUCUUAUUUUUGUUUAUGGUAA